CUGAGUUUCGCAUCGCCUGCCUGCUCCCCUCGCACCGGCUCCCUCAUGACCCAUCCCCGGUGACCCGCACUGCCCCUUCUGGAGAUCCGAACGCCGCGGCGUUCUCGAGCAGAUCCUCCGACAUGACCUCGCAAUAUGCCGCCGAGCUCUGCACGCUCCUAGUCGAGGACAGCUUUGGCGAACUUUUUUCGCGCAUCUUCUCGACCCUCCUCCGUUACGAUCGACUUACCCUCCCCCGUCUGAAGUUCUACUCUCGUCUCUCGGACCGUCAACUUCAUCAUGGACUGGCCGCCAUGGUUCAGCAACACCUUGUAUUCCACUAUACCUCUUACGAUGAAGGCGUCACGUACUACGAACCAAACAUGCAGUCGGCCUACUACCUUGUCAGGUCCGGGAAGAUCGUGGAGUUCGUAGAAGACCGACUGGGAAAGUAUGCAGCGAAGGUCAUGUCAACCAUUCUUUACCUCGGACAUGCGCAAGUCAGCUAUCUCGAAAUGCUCCCCGAUCUACAGCCGGAACCCGUCGAUGCGAAUGGAGCGGACGCCCCCGAAGAAGGAAAUGGAGACGAGGAUCAAACAGCCGAUCCCAAUGGUCAGCAUGCGCCCUCCGAAAACCCCGCUCUUCUCCAUCCAACACUCAAAGCUUUGGCGGGCCACGGUUACAUAUCGCGAGUUAGGGAGGCGCAAUUUCAAAGUUACGCUGAUAACGUGCUGGACAUCGAGCGCGCAAUCAAAUCAAGGCCCGACGUAAAGGCCAUGAAGGGCAAAAAGCUCGAGGAAACGGUUAUUGAGGGAACGCUCAAUUUACUUCGGGAGAGGUUAGAUGGGGACCUGACUCGCGGUCUGAUGUUUAAUGGAAUUCCGCGCGGGGCCAAACGAAAACAUGACUCCAAGUCUACCAAUGGGCGGGCUCAGCCGGAUUACGCUGCGGUUGACGAGGAUGACGAGGGAGAAGAAGAGAAUGAAUGGUCGGAUGAUGACAUGGGCGAAGACACGAUACCAAUGGAGUCCGGAAUAACCGUUCGCGUGAAUUAUGAAAAGCUUGACGUUGCUCUCCGCAAUCGUCGGUUCCUCGAUCUUGCCGAGCAUAAUUCGUCUUCGGCAACUGUCCGAGUCUAUGAUUGCCUUCUUCGCCGCAUCGAAUAUCAAACGCAUCAGUGCCGGGAGACCACUGAGAUACCUCGUGAAGGCGAGGAGGGCGAACAAUACUCCGCUCCGAUCUCUCUUAGCGCAGUAUGUGAGGAUGUCGAUCCCCGGCUGGAUCUUGCCGGGUCCAUUGGUCCCAUGGAAGUGUCUCAGCCCGUCAACAAACGUGGGAAACGGCCGUUGGAUGAUGGUGUAAACGGCGAAGGGGCCAACGGGCUACAGUCGGGGGGCAACCGCACCUAUGAAAUUGAUCAGCACCUCUCUCUUCUUGCGCAGCCUCCUUUCAACCUCACCUCGAAGCGCAUGGUUUCAGGAUUGAUUACGUGGACCGUCGAAUUCCGCCAUCUGGCUCGCAAGCUUCGCCAUCUUGAAUUAGAACGUAUGAUCGAAGCACGGUACGGGGAUGUUGCUCUCCGAGUGAUCCGUGUACUUCACGCGAAGGGCAAGCUCGACGAGAAGCGACUCCAGGAAAUCAGCCUCUUGCCCUUUAAGGACUUGCGACAGGUCCUUGCGAGCAUGCAAGCGGGAGGGUUCGUGGAUCUGCAGGAGGUGCCUCGCGAUGCGCAACGACAGCCCUCGCGCACGAUCUAUCUCUGGUAUUACGAUCCGGACCGCAUCCGUAACAGUGUUUUGGAAGAUACCUACAAGGCGAUGUCUCGGUGCCUGCAGCGCCUGCAGUUCGAGCGAAAUCGCUUGAAGGAGUUUCUGGAAAAGACAGAACGCAGUGACGUGAAAGGAAACGAGGAGCGGUAUCUUUCCGAAGCGGAAUUGACUCUAUUAGAGCAGUGGAGGGCCAAGGAGGCGUUGUUGAUAGGAGAAGUGUCUAGGUUGGAUGAGAUGGUGGCCGUGAUGAGAGAUUACUAAAGAUAAUCGUAUGACGAGCAACGAAAUACACGUGCAUACAUAUAUAUGUAUGUGUGUAUAGAUGUAUAAAGGAGAAAAAAAAAGAAUUGCAUAUGCGUUCUGCAGUUCUAUCCACCUCAUGUAUACUACGGUGAAAGAUCUGUCGGUCAAUUCUGGCGCUACAGAGUAUUGAAUCCUCUAGCAGAGCUGCAAUGCAGAUCGGUUGGUAGAAAAGGACAUUCGAAAGUCACAUCCACUAGUCAAAGUUAAAAUCAUCAAUCAUAUAAAAAGGAAGAAAACAAAUCAAGAUUG